AUGAACCAUGAGGGGGGAAACACCCCGGGGUCGGAAUAUCGAGCUAUCGAGUUAGAUGCUAUUGGCCAUGCAUUCGAGAAUAAUUCUGAGGCGAAAGCUGGGUCCUACAUUACCACCACUCACCUUGCAACUAUCAUAACGGGUACCCCUAAGGCCGAAGCCAAGUAUCAAGCUCGGCCAUAA